AAAGGUGGGAGAGCUGUUCAGAAUAGGUUCAGAGUGGGGUAGGAGGGCCAGAAUCACCGAAGUCAGAGAGGGAUAGGUUUGGGGGGUGCGGGAUCAGGGUUGGGGGGAUCGGGACCAGGAUUGGGGGGAGCGAGCCCCACGUGCCUGUGACGCUGGGGCGCCCGGGAGGCGGCGGCAGCAGCUGUGGCGGCGGCGGCGGCUGAGGGAGACGUGGGGACCGGGCUGUCGGUAGCCUAGACGAGCCGUGCCGGGCCGGGCCAGGCCGGAGGAAGAUGCUACCGGCCACGUUGCCCCUCCUGGGGAUGCCGCUGCCCGGGGAAGGGGCAGGAGUGGCCGCCGAGGCCGCGGGAGAAUCCGUCCUGCCCCCUGCGGGCUUGGCGCUGUUGCGCUGGCAAUGGCACGAGGUGGAGGCGCCCUACCUGGUGGCCGUGUGGAUCCUGGUGGCCAGCUUGGCCAAGAUCGUUUUUCACCUCUCCCGGAAAGUGACUUCUGUUGUCCCCGAAAGCUGCCUGCUGAUUUUGCUGGGUCUGGCACUGGGAGGCAUCGUUCUGGCUGUGGCCAAGAAAGCAGAGUACCAGCUGGAGCCGGGCACCUUCUUCCUCUUCCUUCUACCCCCUAUUGUACUUGACUCGGGCUACUUCAUGCCCAGCCGGCUCUUCUUUGACAACCUGGGGGCCAUUCUCACCUAUGCUGUGGUGGGCACGCUGUGGAACUCCUUCACUACAGGGGCUGCCCUUUGGGGGGUCCAGCAGGCUGGACUUAUGGCUUCCACCGUACAAGCUGACUUGCUUGACUUCUUGCUCUUCGGAAGCCUAAUCUCUGCCGUGGACCCUGUGGCCGUCUUGGCGGUCUUUGAGGAGGUGCACGUCAAUGAGACCCUCUUCAUCAUUGUCUUUGGGGAGUCGCUGCUCAACGAUGCAGUCACAGUGGUGCUGUAUAAGGUGUAUAACUCCUUCGUGGAGAUGGGCUCAGUCAAUGUCCAGCCUGUUGACUAUGUAAAAGGAGUCGCCUCCCUCUUUGUGGUCAGUCUGGGCGGGGCAGCCGUGGGCUUAGUUUUUGCCUUCUUCCUGGCCCUGACCACACGUUUCACCAAGCGGGUCCGUAUCAUCGAGCCUCUGCUGGUCUUCCUCUUGGCCUAUGCUGCUUACCUCACAGCGGAGAUGGCCUCGCUCUCCGCCAUCCUUGCAGUGACGAUGUGUGGAGUGGGCUGUAAGAAGUAUGUGGAGGCUAACAUCUCCCACAAGUCCCGUACGGCUGUCAAAUACACCAUGAAGACGCUGGCCAGCUGUGCCGAGACUGUCAUCUUCAUGUUGCUUGGCAUCUCUGCUGUUGACUCCUCUAAGUGGGCCUGGGACACUGGGCUGGUGCUUGGUACCCUGCUCUUCAUCCUGCUCUUCCGUGCCCUCGGCGUAGUCCUGCAGACAUGGGUGCUGAACCAGUUCCGGCUGGUCCCUUUGGACAAGAUUGACCAGGUGGUGAUGUCCUAUGGGGGCCUGCGAGGGGCUGUGGCUUUUGCUCUCGUCAUCCUUCUGGAUAAGACCAAGGUCCCUGCCAAGGACUACUUUGUGGCAACGACCAUUGUGGUGGUCUUCUUCACAGUCAUCGUGCAGGGUCUGACCAUAAAGCCUCUCGUCAAGUGGCUCAAAGUGAAACGGAGUGACCACCACAAGCCCACCUUGAACCAGGAACUACAUGAACACACCUUUGACCAUAUUUUGGCAGCUGUAGAAGAUGUGGUUGGCCACCAUGGCUAUCACUACUGGAGGGACAGGUGGGAACAGUUUGACAAGAAGUACUUGAGUCAGCUACUGAUGCGCCGGUCCGCUUAUAGAAUCCGGGACCAGAUCUGGGAUGUGUACUAUAAACUCAACAUCCGAGAUGCCAUCAGUUUUGUGGACCAGGGAGGCCACGUCUUAUCGUCAGCAGGGCUCACGCUGCCCUCCAUGCCGAGCCGGAGCUCUGCCGCGGAGACCUCCGUCACCAACCUGCUGCGGGAGAGCGGCAGCGGUGCCUGCCUAGACCUCCAAGUGAUUGACACAGUUCGAAGUGGCAAGGACCGGGAAGAUGCCAUCAUGCACCAUCUGCUCAGCGGCGGUCUCUACAAACCCCGUCGGAGGGUGAGAUGCACAGAGUACAAGACCAGCUGUAGUCGCCAUUUUAUCUCAGAGGACGCCCAGGCCCGGCAGGACAAGGAAGUAUUUCAGCAGAACAUGAAGCGGAGACUAGAGUCCUUCAAGUCCACCAAGCACAACGUGUGCCUGUCCAAGAGCAAGCUGAGGCUCCGGAAGGCUGGCCGGAAGAAGAAGGAUGGUUCAGCAGACAAAGAGACUCCAAAUGGGAAACCUCAUCAAGCCUCAAACUUACCGGACACAGCUGCGGUGAUCUUAGCGGUGGAGUCUGAUGAAGAGGAGGAGAGCGACAGCUCAGAGACAGAGAAGGAGGAUGACGAGGGCAUUGUCUUCGUGGCUCGGGCCACCAAUGAGGUUUUCCAAGAACACAAGGUGCCAGGGAGCAUGGACGUAUGCCCGAGCCCGCGCGUCAUUCCCCCUUCACCAACCUGUGCUGAGAAGGAGCUGCCCUGGAAGAGUGGGCAGGGGGACCUGGCCGUGUACGUGUCAUCGGAGACCACCAAGAUUGUGCCUGUGGACAUGCAGACGGGCUGGAAUCAGAGCAUCUCGUCCCUGGAGAGCCUGGCAUCUCCGCCCUGCGCCCAGGCUGCCCUGAGAGCGGCCCGCCCUCGGGCCUGUGCCCCCCCGCGAGGAGAGGAGCUCCGGGACCCGCUGGCUGCUCUGGCGACGCCGGCGCCCGAGCCCCACGCUGGCUUCACCUUCACCCCGAGUCUUGCCAAGGCGGGUCGCUCCCGGAGCGAGAGCAGCGCAGAUGCGCCCGAGCAGCAGGAGCUGCAGCCCCUCAUGGCACCAGAGGACCAUGGGUGCCUCAGUCCGGGCACCGCCAAUGCCCGGUGGCUCAUCCAGUUCAACAGAGCCGGUCGGCUGUAGCCUUGAGACCCGAGGGAUCCAGGAGGGCGUGGGGAAGGGAAGGACAGGGACUAGGGAAGAGGAGGAGGGGCUCCUGGAUGCUGACCAGGGCGCGGGGCUCCUUGGCCGACCCUGGGCCCAGUACCAGCCAUGGCAGAGGCAGCCGAUGGGAAGGGGCCUCCCUCUACCACGCCCGCUGAACGUCGUCCUCGGGGUCUCCAGGCUAACUUCUAGGAAGGCACAAGAAGCUUGAGGCUGAGGCCUGAGCAUGCCCGGGGCCCUGGGCGAUGGCAUCUUUCCUUCCGUGUCUCCCUGGGGUGGCCCCUAACCCUGGCCUCGCCCCCAGGGCUUCAGGGGGCUGCUCCCCACCCCAGCUGCCCUUUGUCUCGGCUUCUUUCUCCCGGGGUACCAGCCUUUGCCCCCAAACCCCUUCCACGGAGACCCAGGAAGUGUCCUUCCCUACUCUGGGCCAGGUUGUGAGGGAACAGCAGUUGUCCUGGGAACCCCCAAGCCCCCUGCAGGUCAGGGUGUCUCAGCAGUUGGGAACUGGAGGACUCACCAACUCCUCUCCUUCCCCUCGCGGCUUUGGACCUUGCGAGUGUGUGUGUGCGCACACGCGUGUGCUCUGGGGUGGGAGGGAGAAGGGGGCAGGGGAACAUAGCCGCCCUCUCCCUCAAUCCCUUCCACAGCACAGGCUUGGCCAGGCAGCGAGAGGCAGGGUCCGUCGGGGUUCUCUGAGAAGCCUGAUGGGGAUUAUUGUGGGGAGAGGGGACGAUGGGGACUGCCUUCCCAGACGCACCGCUCUCCGCGGCUGAGAGCUUCCUCCUUCCCCUGCCUUUACAAGCCUGCUUCUCUCCUCCCCUCCUCCUCUCUUCUCUACGUCUCUCCAUUUGACCCUCUCUCAGCCUGAGGCCUCCAGGCUGGGCCUAGGCCUGUGGCGGGGCUUCCUCCUGCGUGUGGCCCGGGACCUGGCUUGCCUCAGGCCCCCUCUGAUCAGGGUUCUCUCCAUGUGGGGGUCUCCUUGGGGAGGCGGACGAGCCGGCGGCGGUGGAUGGGCCUCUGCCUUUCCCACCCAUUCUCGAGAUGAUGGUGGGAGUCUGCCAUUGGAUGGGGAGGCGGGUGGUUCUCACCAGUAAGUUGGGGCAGUUGGGCCGGACAGUGGGCGAUCCUCCUCUUGGGCUAGUCUCUGUAUUACCUCCCUUCCCGGAUUCGGUCUUUUGUAUCUUGAACCUGAGGAACAUUAAACAUCUCUCAGAUGGA